AUGGAUACACUAGAUGUACAACAACAUCUGAAAAAGAUUCACCCCAGUCUAGAAAAUAAUGUUUAUGCAGCUAAUAGACUGCCUAUGUAUACCCACGUACCAACGUAUAUAAUAUGUAAUUUGGAUACAGAUGAUAAACCAGGGUCACAUUGGGUAGCUUUGUAUAUCGAUACGAAUGACGUCGGUCAAUAUUUUGAUUCAUAUGGACGAUCACCUGUACGAUAUCAUCUAGAGUUUUUAAAAAGGAAUUGUAAAAGAUGGAACUGGAAUGUUGAUAGGAUUCAGAAUGAGUGGACUUCAGUUUGUGGCGAAUAUUGCUUAAUGUAUUUGCUAUAUAAGUUUCAAGGAUAUUCAAUACAUAGUUUUACGAGUAUAUUUACAAGGGACACAUUGUACAACGAUAUUUUAGUGGAUGAGAUGUUUCGCUCCUAUUUUAUAGAUAAUAAUUAA